CGGACCCUCAGGCGGAGUGGCGGGUGCCGGACCCCCAGGCGGAACGACAGGUCUCAGGCCCCCAGGCGGGGCGGCGGGCACCGAGUCACCAGGCACAACCGUGGGCUCCGAGUCAACUGGGAUGACCGCUGGCACUGGGUCAGACAUUGGAUCGUCUGGCUGGACAGCGGGCAUCGGGUCACCAGGCAUCAGGUCAUUUGGCUCGACAGCGGGCACCGCGUCAUCUGGCAAGGCAGUGGGCUCCGAGUCAACAGGCACGACAGUGAGCACCGGGUCAUCAGGUACCGGAUUGUCUGGCUCGACAGCGGGCAUCGGGUCACCAGGCAUCAGGUCAUUUGGCUCGACAGCGGGCACCGGAUCAGGUACCGGAUCAUCUGGAUCAACAGCGGGCAUCGAGUCAACUGGCCUAAUAGGAUCGUCAGGCUGGAUCAGUUCAUCAUGCUGGGUAGAGGCAUCAGGCCGAGUAGAGGCUUCAGGCCGAGUAGAGGCAUCAGGCCGAGUAGAGGCUUCAGGCCGAGUAGAGGCUUCAGGCCGAGUAGAGGCUUCAGGCCGAGUAGAGGCUUCAGGCCGAGUAGAGGCUUAGAGUAGAGGCAUCAGGCCGAGUAGAGGCUUCAGGCCGAGUAGAGGCUUCAGGCCGAGUAGAGGCUUCAGGCCGAGUAGAGGCAUCAGGCCGAGUAGAGGCUUCAGGCCGAGUAGAGGCAUCAGGCCGAGUAGAGGCUU